UUUUGAUUCAUUUUAUAUUCUCCAAAAGGAACGCGACAUACUCGGAGCUUAUUUCUACUUCCUCAAUCGACUUCACAGUUAGCGACUCCGCAGUCAUGCGCCUUCUUAACGUGCACAGCCUCAAGUUAGAGGAGUUCGUGGGUGAGCCGGGCAAUGGAAUUCCUCCAUACGCGAUUUUGUCGCAUACAUGGGGCCGGGAAGAAGUGUCGUUCCGCGAUAUGACAACCGAUCACGGGGCUUUGGCCCAGCGGGAGGGUUUCCAAAAGAUUGUUCAAUGUUGUGAAAAAGCGAAGUCCGAAGGCCAUGGAUUUGUAUGGAUCGACACCUGCUGCAUCGACAAAUCAGGCAGCGCCGAGCUCUCUGAGGCCAUCAACUCAAUGUUUCGCUGGUAUCGAGAGGCUGAUAUAUGCUACGCCUACCUGGAUGACGUUUGCAGCUCAGAAGACCCCGCCCAAGCCUCAUCUUCCUUUCAGAGCAGUCGCUGGUUCACUCGCGGCUGGACCUUGCAGGAGUUGCUUGCACCAUAUGAGGUUGCCUUUCUUGCCAAAGACUGGAAAGAGAUUGGAACGAAGCAAUCCUUGAGCAGUAUUAUUUCUGGUCGAACGAAGAUUGACGAGUUUACGCUGGUCAAUUGUACCUGGGAUCACGCCAGCAUUGCGUGUAAAAUGUCAUGGGCUUCCUCGCGUAACACCACGAGAGUAGAGGACAAAGCAUAUAGCUUAAUGGGACUUUUUGACGUCAACAUGCCCUUGAUCUACGGCGAAGGGCGGAAGGCUUUCUACAGGCUCCAGUUGGAGAUAAUGAAGAUGUCAGAUGACCAAUCAAUAUUUGCAUGGGUUCCCAAAGGUCAUCAGGCAUGGGGCUCAUCACGAUCAUGCGGCUUGCUUGCCGAAUCGCCGAACAAUUUCGAGGUUUCAGAUGGAAUUAUCGACCGUGCAAUGCCUGGAGGUGACGCAAUAUCAUAUGAUGUCUCAAAGCAAUAUAUUCGACUAUCGACCUGUAUGUUGCAACUCCGCGAGAAGCGAGGAGUAGAUGGAGUGGAGGCAUGGCAGCUUCAGUCUCAACUUUUGCUACCACCUGGAAUUACACGCGAUUUUCCCGACCAUCUCGAUUUUCAAAGGAAUUUACAAAAGACUAUUUGGGACGGGGUUAUGAUGGCUAUUCUUCGCUGCAGUGACGAACUCGGCUAUAUCGCCAUACCUCUGAGAAAGCUUCAUUCCGGUGAGCUGUCAAGAUAUGCCUCUUACGAUCUCACAUGGCUUAGGGCCUCCACCAGAAAUAUGGAGGGGCUCGAGAAGUUAUUCGUAAGAGCACUCAGCGCACAGACAACGGAUAGAAUACAAAGUCUUCCUCCAAUUAUUGGCUAUCGGAUGAGGGUCAUGCUUAAGUCUCUUCCUACCGAAGGGUCAGGCUACUAUAUAUCCGGUGGUUAUCCGCCUAACUUCGUAGCUGCACCUGGAGAAAUACCAACGCACUUUGAAGCUGUGUCCAGAAUCAACAUGGCGCAAGGGAAGGUCGCUCCGAUAAUAGUGUUCUUCGCCAACUAUUCGCCUGAAUAUUUACCUUUUGCUAUACGAUUCGAUGGACUCUACUUUCAUAGCUUCUCCGCGCUUCGAAUUCGUAUAGGUUCUUCAAUCGAAGCGUGGCAGAACGGCAACCGUUUCGAGCCUCAUCAAGACGAUAUUCAGGUUGCGGAUGCGAAUGCACAGAUUCCUUUGAGCGAAGACAAGUCUCUUUGGAUUCGAACCCAGAGAAGUCGACCGCGGUCACUUGCUGAAGAAAUUGUCAACAUAUCCAUCAAUCCUCGACUUUCAUGACAACAGUUACGGGCAGGGGCCCAAACAUCCCCAGUAGAGACUUGGACAAUAUUGCGACUUAAAAAGAGAGACUUAAAAAGAGGGACGAGGUGCAGUGAUGCAUAGUUUAGGCCCUCAACACAAUUGAUGUUGAGGAGAUGAGGAUGGGGAACUCGGCAGGGCGAAAUAUGUUUGCGCGAAAUGGUCUUUGACUCCCACUAUACAGUUUGAUACGCAUCCAGGAAUUUACCACAAUACAGAAUAGGUAGCUAGGUUUUACCGGCCUCUAGGAGAUGUAGGAGGCACAUACUUUCAAGACUUGGUAUAGAUUUGGGGAGGGCCAUUUGAAGAUGGAGAGUGAUAAGGGAAACGAGUCGAUUACGCCCCAUAUACCAGAUUACCAUAAAUAAAUAUCUUAAAAGGUUCCAAUGAGUAAUGAAAGGUCAUGUGGGAGCUAUUCAAUAUCAGCGCAACUUAUCUGACUGCUAUUAGUACUGAGUCCCUCGAUUCACC